AGUGCAGAGGUAGGAGGUAUUUGGGGCGUGGCUUAAAUCAUAGGUGUGUGAGGAAGAGGUUGUUUCAGGUGUGUAAACGCGCACGUCGACACAGGAAGAACGACCGACAUUUGGAUUUAAAACUUGACUGAAAAUAUCCUUUUUGAAUUGAAAAAAGUGUUUAUUAACAUUGUAAGUUAAUUGAUUCACAACUUGAAAGAGAAACAAAGUGCAAACGAGGAGUUUUUCCGGGCGUGUUUGGAAGAUGUAUUCGGCCAGAUAUGAAUAUGACGGCCAUAAUGGCCGCAAUGAGCGAUUGGACUUCUUAACCAACAAAGAGAAGACACCAUCAAAGCGGAAAACUGGCAUCCUGAUCGGGGUUCUUGUGGGGUUUCUCAUCCUUGCGGCUAUUGCAGCAUUUCUCAUAUGGUUUUUUGCCUUUAAAGAUGCUGAUUCAGAAGCCACGCUUAGUAAGCAGCUCAGCCCAUCAACACAGGUCUUCAGUGGGCAUGUGAAGCUUGUUGAUGUGCCGUAUCACCAGAGUCUGGAAGAUACAGAGAGCAGUCAGUUUGAGGAUUUGGCGAACAAACUGGAGACAGCUCUGGGGAAAAACUACAAGAAUGAACCAUUCCUUGCAAAAUUCUACACAAAGUCUGUGGUCACUGCAUUCAGUGAGGGUGUGAUAGCCUACUACUGGUCCCAGUUUGAUAUUCCAGUUGAAGACCUGGAAAUCGUACCAGAGUUUGCAGAGGAGCGGAUGUUGGAGGCACUGGAGAAUGGGUUUAAGCAGCAACAAUUCAAGAUCAGUGAUGUCAGUGGUUCAUUCACAGAUCCUCGCAUGGCCAGGAACCCAAGAGCCAAUGAGUGUUUCUACCGUCUUGAGGCUGAAGAAAAGGCAUACACGUUUUCGUCACCAGGGUACCCCGUAGCCUACCCCCCGAGGUCACGGUGUCAGUGGCAAAUCCGGGCUUCAGAGAACAAUGUCAUAUCUGUCACUUUCACUUCUUUCCACAUCGAGGAUGACUGCUCUGAUGAUUUUGUCUCCAUCUUUGACUCUUUGAGUCCAGAUGAUUCUCAGGCCAUCACAGAGAAGUGUGGUCACAGGCCCCCCUCCAACCCUCUGGAGGUGGUGUCAUCCGGUAACAUCAUGCUGAUUAACAUGAUUACUGACAAUGUUGUCCAGAGGCCUGGCUUCCAGGCCCAGUAUAAAGCCAUCCCCAAGGCUCAAGCUAAAACUUGCGGUGGUGUCCUCACUACUGACAAAGGUGUGUUCACGUCACCACUUCACCCCAGCUUCUACCCUCCUGCCGUGGACUGCAAGUGGACCAUUGAGGUCCCUGCUGGGAAGAAGGUGCAGGUGAAGUUCACCAUGUUUCGCAUGAAAGAGCCUGGGGUGGACGUCCGUGUGUGUAACAAAGACUACGUAGAGGUUAUGGGCACCAAGUAUUGUGGAGAAGUGUCCUCUUUGGCCCUGACUAGUACCACCAACAUCCUCGAUGUGAUCUUCCACUCCGAUGAGUCCUACACUGACAAAGGCUUCAGGGCCGAGUACACGACCUACGAUCCUCAAAACCCUUGCCCCAUGAAGUUCGCCUGUAAUUCUGGCAUCUGCAUCUCCAAAGAACUGCAGUGUGAUGGCUGGAAUGACUGCGGUGAUAUGAGCGAUGAGAUGAAGUGCCAUUGUGGGAAGGAUCAGUUUGCCUGCGACAAUGGCCUAUGCAAACCAAAAUUCUGGGAGUGUGAUCGCGCCAAUGACUGUGGAGAUUGGAGCGACGAGAAGCGAUGCAGUUGCGACGAGAAUGAGUGGCGCUGCGGUGACGGGGCUUGUCUGCCUCAGGAUGUUGUGUGCGACACUAAAAAGGACUGUGCCGACGGAAGCGACGAGGCCUCUUGUAAAACCUCUCCGGGUAUCUGCUCCGACUUCAGCUUCAAGUGUCAGAACAAAGAAUGCGUCAACAAGGUGAAUGCCGAAUGCGACCGCGUCAAUGACUGUUCUGACAACUCGGAUGAGGCUGGCUGUGAUUGUGGCACCCGGCCCUAUAAGCUGAACCGAAUCGUAGGAGGGCAGAACGCUGAGCUGGGGGAGUGGCCCUGGCAGGUCAGUCUUCACUUCCUGACAUACGGGCAUGUUUGCGGAGCCUCAAUCCUAUCAAAUAAGUGGCUUCUUUCGGCGGCCCACUGCUUUGUCACCAGCAACCCAGCGAACCACGUUGCAUCUAACUGGCAGACCUACAGUGGCAUGCAGGACCAAUUCAAGCAAAAUGACAUACAGCGCCGCUCAUUGAAGAGGAUCAUCUCCCACCCAGAUUAUAACCAGAUGACCUUUGACUAUGACAUUGCUCUGCUGGAGCUCAGUGAGCCGCUGGAGUUCACCAACACCAUCCAACCCAUCUGCCUACCCUCUUCCUCCCACGUCUUCCCUGCAGGCAUGUCCUGCUGGGUCACAGGCUGGGGCACGCUCCGAGAAGGAGGUCAAAAGGCACAGGUGCUGCAGAAGGCCUCAGUGAAAAUUAUCAACGACACCGUGUGUAACGUAGUCACGGAGGGCCAAGUCACCUCCCGGAUGCUCUGCAGUGGAUUCUUGGCUGGAGGAGUUGACGCAUGCCAGGGAGACUCUGGAGGCCCCCUGGCGUGUUUCGAGGAGAGUGGGAAGUGGUUCCAGGCCGGUAUUGUGAGCUGGGGUGAGGGCUGUGCCCGUCGGAACAAGCCCGGUGUCUACUCGCGUGUCACCAAGCUGAGAGACUGGAUCAAGAAAGAGACAGAGAUUUGAUGAUGCUGUGAGGACCAGGGAGGGAUACAGAGCGGGGAACAAUGUCAACGUGCUAGAAAUAAUAGAGACAGGACAUUUGAGUCUGAUUCAAGGCUCUCUCAAGUCUCUAAAGAGAUUUAUUCAUUUAGCAGCAAGCAGACUGAAGAUACUGCUGCACGGACCCAGCUACUUACAUGAAUGACUUAAAGCACUUUAUUUGGUUGCCAACCCUAAUUUUUCCCAUUCCUCCCAUUCACUCACACACAUCGCCACACACACAUACAAACAGCAGUAACUCGCAUAGAAAUAUUUUCUGUAAAGUUUUUAGGUUUAAAUCAGCACAGCACUCACUGAAUAAACUACUUCAACUUUUAAAGAUGAAUGCAGAAUAGGAACUUUUUACAUUAUUUUUUUUAAAGUGUGCUUCUGAAUACAAUAUCCCUGCUUGAAAAAGUCAUUGUGUGUUUCCAAACAGGGGAGACACCUUUAUCGUUUUGGGCUGCAGUGAAUGUCAGUGGGCUCAUGCCGUAGAUAGCUAGGAGUUUUGGGUAUUUUAAACUACCCCUAAAUCUUAUUUUGUAGCGUAUUUGUUACAAAUGACCCGUAUACCAAAGCAUAGCAAAGGUUUUUAAAUUGAUUAACACAUUUUUUAUCCACCUAUCCACCUUUAUCCAUCUGUCGGCAGCCAUUAGUCUCAGUUCUUAUCAGUAAGGGGUAAACAUCAACUUGUGGAGUUGUGAUAACAGAAGUUAAGUCUGCAAGUCUGAAGUAGAUAAAAACUUUUAAAAGAGCAUGAUUAAAAACAUCUAUGCAGGGGCAUUUUCAUAUCAUACUAAAAUGUAUGAAACCCAGAAGCUGCCUGGAAGGUAGAAAAUGCAUUAAUCAAUCUAAAAGCCCACAGUUUGCUUUGGAAGAUGGCCAGCAGUAAUGUUAAGUAUACAAGAUUUGCAAUCGGUGAGCUGAAACAGGCAAAAACAGCAUCGUGGUCCCUGAAGAAAAUGUUGAUGUGAGACUGGAGUUAUGCUGAAGUUGUUUUAAGUUUUUGUUGAUUUGAACAGGGGUCCUAGAUCAGUAUUUCUAUUCCAUAUUUAUAGAUUCUUACAGGCCUUGCCUGGUCUGUGAAUGAUUUGCCAAAGUGUGAUAUUCGGAGCAGAGGAUUAGGAUUAGAUCCAGUUGGCUUUUGCACAGGUCUCUGGUUAAGCUCAGGGUGAUUGGGGUCUUCAGUCACACACCUACCUGAGAGCCAAAGCAAACCAACAGGGUUUUCACCAGCUGCCAGAGAACUGCAAUGAAUUCCUAUCCCUAUGAGAGUUUCCUCUCUUUAAACACGACCAACUCAAUCAACUUUUUAAUCCGAGAUUUAACUGGAUGUUUCUUUCACUCCAUUUCCCAUUUAUCUCUGACUUAUCCUGGAAAUAUUGUACCUUGGAUAAGCAAACCAAAGAUUUGCCAAAAUAUUAUUUAUUGAAGCGGAAAACAUUUAAGAAAACUUUGUUGGAUAUUGCUCGGUGGACUUUUUAUUUUUGGUUUUUAUUUUUAUUAAUUUUAUAGAGGUCUACAGUUAAACUAUGUAAGUGUAUUUCUCUGGCAGGGAGAGGUCACAAAUUGUAGAUAUUUUCAGGAGCCUUGUACACUGUGACUAUGAUUUGGAUUAUGGGCAUACUUUAUAGCCUCUGUGUGUGUUUCUGUAUGUUUUUUUUUAAUGUGUCACGAUAAUAAACAUCUUUUAUCUGAUUCCUCACUA